AAGCAACCAUGAUGCCCUCCAUUGUAGCUGAGGUCUAAAGUUUGCCUUAAUGAAUACAGCCUUCGGACUCAUCCCCCUCCUAUUCAGGCAUCCGUCUUCCUAUGGCCUGUCCCGGAUCACCAGCAGCCUGUACCUCAGCGAUGGGGAGGCUGCCAACAACAAGCUCUUCCUCUAUGCCAACCAGAUCACCACUGUUAUCAAUGUUUCCGUGGAGGUGGUCAACACCUAUUUCCCAGGCAUUUACUACAUUCACGUUCCUGUCGCCGAUACUCCCUCAGCCUGCCUUUAUGACUUCUUUGACCCUGUAGCCGAUAAGAUUCACGCAGUGGACUUAAACGAAGGCCGCACCCUGCUGCACUGCGCCGCAGGCGUCAGCCGCUCCGCUGCCCUUUGCAUGGCCUACCUGAUGAAGUACCGUUCGAUGUCUCUGGCCAGCGCACACUCUUGGGUCAAGACCUGCCGUCCCAUCAUCCGGCCCAACGUCGGCUUCUGGCAACAGCUCAUUCAGUACGAGGAUAAACUCUUUGGGAAGACCACUGUCAGGAUGAUUCAUUCUCCACUAGGGAUGAUUCCUGAUCUCUACCAAAACGAAAUCAGGGAAAUGAUAUCCUUCUGAACAACACUGAAUGGGCGG